AUGGAGGAGUAUGCUUAUAUUUUGGGUAUACCUAUUUCUGACACGGUUCCUUUUUCUAGUUUGGAAGGAAUUAUGGAGUCUCAAAAUGAAGAAUUUAGAAAACAAAGUCUCUAUACCAAUGAAACCCUUAGGCAACUGAACAUUGUGGUCGAGUCCCUCGUCACUCACAACGAGGCAUUGGAGACUCAAAUCUCCCUGCUUGCACAAACACCUCUAGGACCACUCUAUGAGAAACAUGCGGAUGUUGUAACAAUCACCAGUGAAAAAUCUACCAAAAAUCCUAAGAAGAGUGAUAAUGAGGAGGGUUUAGGUGAGAAAAGAGUAGAGAUUGAGAAAGAUCCACUGACACCACCCGAAAGGGAGGUUGUCGAAGAGGUAGAGAAGGAAGCACUAUGUGUUAUUCCUUCUCCCUAUAAAUCACCAAUUCCUUUCCCACGGAAGUCUGUGGAUGUUAAGGUAGACCCAAAAUCCGAAAGGUUUGAGGAGCUACUGGAAAAUAUCCACACCAAUGUACCUUUAUUUGAGAUCCUAAAUAAGGAGAGAAAAUUAGAAGACCGUGAAACUAGGAAACUCAUUAGUAUUAAAAUGGGCAAGUUAGACUUUGACAUGGUGGAUGAAAAAAUUUAA